CACACACACACACACAGGGAAGGAGGCAAAUGUCGAGGAGUGGCUGCUCAUAAAAGGAGUGACAAAAAAAGCAGGCGACUGCAUUUGUGACUCAACACUCCCACGUGCAGAGUUUCACUAGCUGUUAGAGAAUGUACGGGAACAACCAAGGGAAUCAGUACCCUCAGGGCUACCCCAACCAGCCUGGGGGAUGCCCGCAAUAUCCUCCUGGAGGAUACCCUCAGUAUCCACCAGGUGGCUGUCCUCCUCAGCCCUGCUGCACACCUUGCUGUGAAUCGGGUCAUGGACAUGGGCAUGAUCAUGGGCAUGACCAUGAUCAUGGGCAUGGGCAUGGCCAUGGUCAUGAUCAUGGCCAUGGUCAUGAUCAUGGGCAUGGCCAUGAUCAUGGGCAUGGGCAUGGCCAUGGGCAUGAUCAUGGGCAUGGCCAUGGACAUGGACAUGAUCAUGGACACGGGCAUGGGCAUGGUGGUCAUUGUCAUGGCAAACACAAGCACAAGCAUGGCCACAAGCAUGGCAAGUGCCACAAGAAAGGAAAGGACUGCCAUGGGUCAUCCAGCAGUUCCUGCAGCAGCGACUCUGACUAGAUGAAAUCCCCCAAGAUGCCAGCAGAAAUGUGAAGGAUACCCCAAAAAUAAACAUUGGAAGAUAAUGAGGUUGCGCUUAACUCUCCUGUUAUGUUUUUUUCUUUGGUACACCUAAAUAUUUCAAUGUGACCCACUGUAUGUUUAACCAUUAAAAAAAACUACAAUGCCUCAUAUUUACAGUGUUAUAAUUAAAUAAAUAAAAACAAUAUUUUCUA